AUGUCAGGCAUACUCCGUGUCUCUCUGUUGCUGCCCCUGGUCGCGGUCCUCCUGUAUAACCAGUCCUCCCAGCUCGGCCGACUCGUUGGGCGCGUGGAAAUCGACAAGACCAGACUCGUGCGCUGGGAGAACAGCUCGGCACUCAACAACCACGACUGCCAGGUCAUCAAGGCCGCCAACGCGUGCGAGGACGUCAAGAUCCAUUUCCCGUCGCACACGGCCUUCUUGUCCUGCGGAGAUCCCGUCGAGAGAACCCAUUGGUAUCCAUGCGCAGGCGUGCGCACCGUCUCGCUCCGGGCCGAGUCUUCCUUUCGUGAGCAGCUGUUCAAGCACGAUCUGGAGACGGGCCAGACGACAGAGCUACAGAUCAAAGGCCUGGAAGGUGACUUCAUUACCCACGGUAUUGACAUCUUUCCACUCCCUGAAGAUGCCUCUCGAAUCCACAUCUUUGCAGUCAACCACGCUCGCAGCGGCGACUCAAUUGCCAUAUUCGCGCAUACGCUUGGAUCUGACGAGGUCGAGCUGGUGAAGAAUGUCAAGCAUCCGAAUAUCAAGACAGCCAACGGAGUAGCCGCGACGGGACCAUUGGACUUCUUUGUGACCAACGACCAUUACUUCGCAGGAGGUCCGUUGCGGACAAUGGAGGAGAUGUUCGGGCCCUGGGGCUGGGCAACCAAUGUUCAAUACUGCAACGCAGAGGCAGAUGAAAUCCUCUGCAGACAGGUCUCGGGCACCUUCACAGGCGCCAACGGGAUCAACGUAUGGAAAGACCGUCUGUACGUCGGCGACUCGAAGAACGGAACCGUGACUGUGUUCGAGGUGCACGGAGACAAGAGUUUGACAUAUUUGCAGACCGUGGAUCUGGGAGCUGCGGCAGAUAACAUCAACAUCGUUCCGACCACAGGCGACCUCAUCGUGGCAGUUUUCCCCACGCUCGAAAACCUUUCCAAAUACCUCGAAAACGUCAAGUCGCUGGGCAAGGAAUUCCUGGUGCCAGCCGCAGCGUUGCGCCUGCGCCGCGAGUCCAACUACACGCCCGAGCUGAUCUACUUUGACAACGGGGCAACGCUCAGUUUCAUGACGGCCGCACACGUGUACAAGGACCUGAUUGUGGGUGCCAGCGUGCUUCAGUUCGGCGGGUUUGCCGUCUGCAAAGCAACGUCGGUGCUGGAUGUGUAG